AUGUCUGGUCCAGUAGCGCGACUGGCUGGCCUCAAGGUCGGCCCUGCGCAGGCCGAACCCAGUGGUGAUUUUGGUCUCAUUGGCCUCGCGGUCAUGGGUCAGAAUUUGAUCUUGAACGCUGCCGACCAUGGUUUCACCGUUGUUGCCUUCAACCGAACCGUUUCCAAGGUCGACCGCUUCCUCGAAAAUGAGGCCAAGGGCAAGUCCAUUGUCGGAGCCCACUCGAUCGAGGAAUUCGUCUCCAAGCUCAAGAAGCCCCGCCGUAUGAUGCUUUUGGUCAUGGCUGGUCCUGCCGUCGACGACUUCAUUGAAAAAUUGCUGCCCUACUGCGACAAAGGUGAUAUCAUUAUCGACGGCGGAAACUCCCACUACCCGGACAGCAACCGCCGCACAAAAUACCUUGCAGAGAAGGGCAUUCGCUUCGUCGGAACUGGUGUUUCUGGUGGCGAGGAAGGUGCCCGUUAUGGCCCCUCUCUGAUGCCUGGCGGUAACGAGGAGGCCUGGCCAUACAUCAAGGACAUCUUCCAGAGCAUUGCUGCCAAGUCCGAUGGCGAGCCCUGCUGCGACUGGGUCGGUGAUGAGGGUGCUGGACACUAUGUCAAGAUGGUUCACAACGGUAUUGAAUACGGUGACAUGCAAUUGAUUUGUGAGGCGUACGACAUCAUGAAGCGUGGUCUCGGAAUGAGCUACGCAGAGAUGGGUGACGUUUUCGCCGAUUGGAACAAGGGUGUCUUGGACUCGUUCCUCAUUGAAAUCACCCGAGACGUCCUGCGCUAUAAUGACGACGAUGGUAAGCCUCUUGUCGAGAAGAUUCUUGACUCUGCUGGUCAAAAGGGUACCGGCAAGUGGACUGCCAUCAAUGCUCUUGAUCUUGGCAUGCCUGUCACGCUGAUUGGCGAGGCUGUCUUUGCUCGCUGCUUGAGUUCCAUCAAGGAUGAGCGUACGCGUGCUUCCAAGCUGAUCGAUGGCCCCAAGCCAUCCUUCACCGGCGACAAGGCCGCUUUCCUCAAGAACCUCGAACAAGGUCUCUAUGCUUCCAAGAUCAUCUCAUAUGCCCAGGGUUUCAUGCUGAUGCAGACUGCUGCCAAACAGUACGGCUGGAAACUCAACAAGCCAUCCAUUGCCCUCAUGUGGCGUGGCGGUUGCAUCAUUCGAUCUGUCUUCUUGAAGGACAUUACCUCUGCGUACCGUGCUGACCCUGGCCUUGAAAACUUGCUGUUCAACGACUUCUUCAACAAGGCCAUCCACAAGGCACAAGACGGCUGGAGAGACGUGAUUGCGUUUGCCGUCAAGUCUGGUAUCCCCAUGCCGGCCUUCAGCACCGCCUUGGCCUUCUUUGAUGGGUACCGCACCAAGGACCUCCCGGCCAACUUGCUCCAGGCUCAGCGCGACUACUUCGGUGCCCACACCUUUGUGAUCAAGCCCGAGUACGCCAACGAGAAAUACCCCGAGGGCGAGCACGUCCACGUCAACUGGACUGGCCGGGGUGGCAACGUCUCUGCUUCCACCUACAAUGCUUAG